AUGGUGAAGAAGAGACUCAGAGAAGGAAAGGAGAGCUCCCACUGUCCAGAACUAGCUCCAAGAGGUGCAAGAACGCUUCCCCAGGUCUCAGCUGCCAAGAAGUUUUUAACCCUCGAAAACUGUGUGCCUUUUAUAGGGAAGGGUGCCACAUCAGACAACUCGCGCCCAGUGCAAUUAAAGUCAUAUUCUCGCUCUCGUUCUCCUUAUAGCAGGUCUCCUGUCAGCAUGCGUGACAGAUCAUACUCUCCCUAUGACUGGCCGGAUGAUCGCUCCUACAGAAGGAACCGUUACAGGUCUGUUUCACGAAGUGCCUCACCCAAUGAUCGCUAUUAUGGAAGGCAUCGUUACAGGUUUGUUUCUCACAGUGCCUCACCUCGGCCAAGGAGAAGGUCAAGGAGGAGCUACUCACGGAGUGCCACUCCUAUUUCAAAGAGGAGAGAUUCUCCAAGCGUGUCUCCCAGGCCAAGGAGGAGUCCUUCAAGAAGCUCCAAGAGAAGUGUCAAAUAUUCGAAACAACAGUCAAGGUCAUCCAGUGUGGUUGCAAGUUCAAGAUCAGUAUGCAAGUCUAAUACUCCAAGAUCUUCCUCUCCUUCAACUUGA